CCCUCACCAUAAGUUUAUGUAGAAAGUGAGACUUGUUGGGUUCUUUUUAUAAAUUUUGACAAGAAAAGAAGAGAGAGAGAGAGAGAUGGGAAGAGCUCCUUGUUGUGAUAAGGCAAAUGUGAAGAAGGGACCUUGGUCUCCAGAAGAAGACUCAAAGCUUAAGGAGUAUAUAGAAAAAUUUGGAACUGGUGGAAAUUGGAUUGCUCUUCCUCAGAAAGCUGGUCUGAAAAGAUGUGGAAAGAGUUGCAGAUUGAGAUGGCUAAACUAUCUGAGACCCAACAUUAAACAUGGUGAAUUCUCUGAUGAAGAAGACAGAAUUAUCUGCACCUUAUUUGCUAACAUUGGAAGCAGAUGGUCAAUAAUAGCUGCUCAGUUACCAGGCAGGACUGAUAAUGAUAUUAAGAAUUAUUGGAACACCAAGCUGAAGAAGAAGCUCAUGGCCGUAGCUCCUCAAUCUCAAACAAAGCCAUUUUCAUUCCCAUCUCCUCAUCAUCAAUCUUCACCAUUAUCAUCUCACUCACUCUUAUCUCUCUACAAAGACUCUUCUUCUUCUUCUUUCCCUUAUUUCCCUCCCAAUUUUAAACCUUUCACUACUGUAUUUGACCCCAUUUCACCAAUCCCAUCAAAUCUUUUAGCCAAAAAUACCACCACUACAGCCACAAACUCAUCCUCACUUUUUCAAACCCAAGAGAGCCUGCUGAAUCCUUUGCACUACUAUCAUCCAGUGAAAGAUAGUAACAAUGGUAGCAGCAGCAACAAUCUACUGAUAUUUGGAAGUGAAGCAAGUUGCAGUUCUAAUUCUGAUGGAAGUUGCAGCCAGAUCAGUUAUGGAGGACGAGAGAUCAAACAAGAAGAUAUGGGAUUUCAAAGCUACAUCUCAAAUGGGUAUGAAGAGAACCAGAAGUUCAUGUUUAGUUAUGGCAUCAACAGCUGUAAUGGAAGUGAGAAUUUGAACCAAUGGACAGAGAAGACAACUGGGUAUUUUGGAGAAACUUCACCAUUUGAGUAUGAUCUUGAGGAUGUUAAGCAACUGAUUAGCAGCAGUAGUAAUAAUAGCUGUAAUAACAACAACAACAUCCUCCUUGAUGAAAACAAGACACAAGAGAAGUACAUGUACUACUACUGAUGAAAUAUAUAUAUAUUAUAUAAUUAUUUGAAUGAUUUUCUGGGGACUGACUGUAAGUAAAAUCAAAGAAAGAAGAUUUGAUGGGGUAAGGUGGGAAGGAAAGAUUUUCAGAUAAGACUUGGAGUUUUUCAUGGGGGAUUGUGUUGUUUUCUGAUGAAAAAUAUGAAACAUUUCUUCUUUUGACAGUACAUGGGUUUGUAAAAAAGCUCCUUUUUAUUUUGUGCCAUUUCUUUUUGGGAGAGGUCUUGACAGUUUCAUGACUUCUCUCCAUUUCAU